UUACAGAUGGGGCGUGAGUGGGUUUGGUUGGAUUCUGAACGAGACUAUCCCAAUGAGUCUGAGUUGAGCAACGACUGCAGGUCCCUCUUCAGCUCAUGGGACUCCAGUCUGGAUCUUGAUGUAGGCAGCUGGAGGGAAACUGAGGAUCCAGAGACUGAGGAACUAGAAGAAAGCAGCCCAGGGAGAGAAUCUAGUGAACUGCUUUUGGGAGAUGGAGGCAGUGAGGAAUCUCAGGAAGAGAACGAACAAGUGAGCAGCCAGAACCUCCUUCACUUUCUCUCUGAGGUAGCAUAUUUAAUGGAACCAUUGUGCAUUAGCAGCAAAGAACCAAUUGAAGGUGGCUGCCCUACAUCUGGAACCAGGCAACAAGAGGGAAGGGAAAUUGAAGCUACUGAAGGAUAUGGGGAGCCCUGCAGAGAGACUGAAGAGCUUUUAGCCAAAGCAGACCCCUUAGCAACUGAAAAGAAGCUACUGGGAGAAUAUAGAAAGCCAGAGAUGACUCCAGUCCCCUCAAAUACUGAUGUAAUUCAGGAACUAUUCACAGAGAGUGAAGAGGAGGCUCACGAAGACUCCAAAGAAGAGGACCAAGGUGAAGGGUAUAUUUCAGAGAUGGAAGAACAGCUCCCUUCAGGUGACAUUGAUGAUAGCCUCAGUUUUCAGGAAACUCCCCUGGUGGAUUUCCUUUACAACAGUACUAACUCCUCAAAACUGACUGAUCUAAGCCAAGAUGACCCUGUUCAGAAUCAUUUGCUAUUUAAGAAGACUCUUUUGCCAGUUUGGAAAAUGAUUGCCAGUCACAGGUUCAGCAGUCCAUUUCUAAAGCCUGUGUCAGAAAGGCAGGCCCCAGGAUACAAGGAUGUGGUAAAAAGACCCAUGGACUUAACUAGCCUGAAGAGAAAUCUGUCUAAGGGACGGAUUCGUACCAUGCCCCAGUUCCAGCGGGACCUGAUGCUGAUGUUCCAAAAUGCUGUUAUGUACAAUGACUCUGAUCAUCAUGUGUACCAUAUGGCUGUGGAGAUGCAGAGAGAAGUGUUGGAGCAGAUUCAGGUGCUGAGUAUUUGGUUGGACAAAAGAAGAGACUUAAGUAGUCUGGAAUGAGUAUCAAGCUACCCUAGUGGAUGAUGGAAGCCUGUUUUGUUUUUAACCUGGAACUACUACUCUGACCCUUUCUGAAGUUUAGACCUUUUGAGGAUAACCAGAGAAGAUCCCAGGGCUUGUUUACCACCUCUCUUUACUUUUCAAUUAAAAGUAAAGACUUACCUCACAACCAAGUACUCAAAGAUGCUUGCCAAUAGAAUGAAUCUUU